UCAUUGACUUUGCUCACUUUGGGCCGGGCGAGGGAGGCUGCUGCAGGCUCCCUGCGGAGGGAAGGAAAGAAGGGAGGCAGGGAGGAAAGAAGGAAGGAAGGGGGCGCCCCAGCCAUCACCACCAUCACCAUCCCACCUCUGGAAAAGGGGAUUAAGUGUCACCCAAACAGCAUCCAGUUCAUUUAAAACAACAGCAGCAGCAGCAACAGCCACAAAAAACCAGAAGGUCCACCGCCAUUAUUACUAUUGCCACCAUCAUCAUCCUCAUCCUCACCAAGAGCACUUUGUGAGAAAGGGAGACGCUCCCAAGAAACAAGCCCCUGGAAGAAGAACAAGAAGCCUUUCCCAGCCCACCUUCCUCCCUGGUGCUGCUGUGAAGAACGAAAAUUUUUUUUGAAGCCAAAAUCCGUCUAUGUUUGUGUCUUUUGUCUAUUUUUAAUAUACUGCCCUAAGUUGUUUGCUGUGAAGGGAGUAUGCAUCUGGAGAUCAAAGUUGCUCUGAACUUCAUCAUCUCAUACCUGUAUAACAAGCUUCCACGGAGGCGGGCUGAUCUGUUUGGGGAAGAGCUAGAGCGGCUGCUAAAGAAGAAGUAUGAAGGUCAUUGGUACCCAGAAAAACCUCUGAAGGGUUCUGGCUACCGCUGUGUUCAUAUUGGGGAGACUGUCGACCCUGUAGUGGAGAUGGCGGCCAAGCGGAGUGGACUGGCAGUAGAGGAUGUGCGAGCCAAUGUCCCUGAAGAACUGAGUGUCUGGAUUGACCCAUUUGAGGUCUCCUACCAGAUUGGUGAGAAAGGGUCAGUCAAAGUCCUUUACUUAGAUGACAGCGAGGGCUGCAGUGCAGCUGAGCUGGAUAAGGAAAUCAAGAGCAGCUUCAACCCUGAUGCUCAGGUGUUUGUCCCCAUUGGAAGCCAGGACAACUCCUUGUCCAAUUCUCCAUCCCCAUCUUUUGGCCAGUCACCCAGCCCUACGUUCAUACCCCGAUCUGCACAGCCCAUUACCUUCACUACUGCCACUUUUGCUGCCACAAAGUUUGGCUCAACUAAAAUGAAGAAAGGCGGAGGAGCCGGAACAAGCACCAGUGGUGCAGGGGUUCCACCACCACCACCGCAGCAGCAGCAGCAGCGCCUAGCCCGGUCCCCCACCAAUGGCCUGCUGAAGCACAAAGGCCUCUCCCUGUCUAUGCAUUCUCUGAACUUCAUUGGGGGCAAUCCGGCCUCACAGUCUCAGCUCUCCCCCAAUGCCAAGGAGUUCGUUUACAAUGGUGGAUCACCCGGAGCCAGCAGCCUCUUCUUUGAUGGUGUAACCACUGAGAACCAGGCAGGUGGCAUACCUCCAGCAUCCCAGUUCAGUGCCAGUGGAGGCAGCAGCAGCAGCAGCUUUGAUAUGGCUCAGGUCUUUGGUGGAAGCACUAAUAGCCUCUUUCUGGAGAAGACACCCUUUGUUGAAGGACUCAGCUACAAUCUGAACGCCAUGCAGUAUCCCAGCCAGUCGUUCCAGCCAGUGGUUUUGGCCAACUGAUCACCAUGAGAGUAUUCUGGGGAAACAACUUCCAAAAAAGAGAAAAAAUAAUUAGAAAUAUUUGAUAUCUUAUAAAUAUAGCUUCUUGGAAAGAGAGAAACCCUGAUUCGUUGUGUCAUGCCAGGGAGCGCUGCUGAAGCACUGAUAUAUUUUUUUUACAGCUCAUAUCCUGUACUCUUUCCUACCCACUGUUGUAUGUUUAAUGACAGAAGUUAUUCUUCUCGGUUCAGCAGUGGUGGGAAUUGGUGUCACUUUAAGAUUUCCCAUGCUACUUCACGGAACUGGUUCUCAAAUAUGCUUGCUGCAAGGGUGGCCUUCUUGAGUGUGCUGUUGUGUCCCUCAAGUCCAGAUGCUGUGAUUAUUUUCCCUCAUUUUGAAGUGGCCUGGGUUGGGGAGGGAAAUGGAUUUAGAUGGUUUCUGGAUGUGUGAUGUUUCAAGCAUUUCAGAGGAAGGGGAGGGGCAUGGAGUCUGUUUCUGUUAUAUGUGAUGAAUGGCAUAGAUGAGGGGAAAGCAAUUGUUUCUUGCAGAUGUCAGAUUUCAUACUUCUGUUACAGCAUAGGAGUAGAACAAAGUUCUUGGUUUCUUUUUUGCCUGUGUGAACUGGUAAAGGCAGGGUCUUAACAGUGAAAAUGCUACAUCCUUGAAACCCCUUCCAGCUCCAAAGGAGCAUUACAGUGGGCAGCACUGUAGCCUCUGGGACAGUUCUUUGCUUCAUAUUUCCUGUUACAUGUCCCAUUUGCUCCUUUUUUCUAACCUCUUAAGAGUCCAGGGCAAAGUAAACCCUUUGAGAAACUCAGACGUAAUGUCAGUUGCUAAUGCUAUUGUGUAUAAAUAGGUCUCUAGAUUGCAAACACUCCUGAUUUGUAAGAAAAAUUGAUCCAUAUACCUUGCACUCUCUUUCAAGAGUAGGAGUGAAUGCUGGCUUCCUGCAGUUUUUGUGCCUGAGCAGCCCCCAUUGAUGUUCCUCUGGACCAAGCAGCUAGGUUUGAUGGGGUUCUGAACUCUUCUGUUGAUAGCUGAGUGUUUGGUUACUAGUUCCCAUGGAAAAAGGUAGCUCCCUUGUUUUUGAAUAUUGUAUAGCACUAUUUUUGGCUGGGAAGAGGGAGUUACAGUGCAGACUGCUUUCUGGAUGGAUGGCAUGAGGGUUUGCACUUUGAAUUUUGUGUGUCUUAGGACAUUUGACCAAAAACCUUAUGACUUUUCAUUUGAAAGGAAGCAGGAAUUCUGGUAUACAAGAAGGCCCUUGAUAUCUAAAUCUAGUGCAGCAUGGAUUUCUUCCAUUUCAGGACUCUGGAAAGCAGGAUAGAGGGGCCUGCUGUAGAAUUUCUAAGUGACUUAAGUGAUGGCAGGAAGACAGUGUUCUCUGAUGAAUGUAGAAUCUCUUUUGCUGAUGAACUAGGAAACCUGAUGGUAUUCCUUGCACCCCCCCUUUUUUCAGCAGGGAAAAUAGCCUGGGAAACAGGAUAGUAGUGGCCUUCAAGUUGAGUGUUUUGCAGAUGAGUUAACAAAAUCUGCCUUUGGCAGCAGACAUUUCCCUAUCUAUGCCUUGUGAGAUGAUUACUAAAUGCCAAGAACUACCUAGCUAUGGUCAUAAAGGGUGAGAGUUCUUUUAGGGCAGAGAUGGUUUACAGGGAACCUGGGGGCUGUGUGCAGUACUUGAGCCCCCCGUUUUGUCACGAGGGAAGCUGUCACCUCAAGCUGUUCUACCACUGGCAAAAUUGGUGUCAUCAUAGUGAGUGGCGCAAGCACUAAAUAAACCUUUUUUCUCUCUCUUUCUGCUAUACACCAUUGUAAAAAUCCCAGCAAUUUUGCUCGAAAACAGGAAGUGGCAAGUAACAUCUGGAUUCCUAGCAAAAUCAGUGUCCCAAGCACUAUGCCAAAUUCUGUGAAAAGGUGGAGCUGUUUGUGGUUGUGUUGUUUCUGAUAACAGCAAAUUUGACAGUGGGGUACAACACCCCGGCAGGAGAGCAGUGCAGCACCACAGCCGGAAGAACUUGUCCAUCUCUGCUUUGAGGUAGUGGCAGUGAAGACAGGUAGAAACUAGGGUUGUGAAUUGCUUUCUCUAAGUAUUCUCUCCACUUCCUUCCCCUUCCCUUUUUAUGUUGUCUACAGUGAAUAAUGGUUUGGAAUGUGUAAAGUCUUGUCACUUCACCUUUUUUGACAAAGUCAUAUUGGGCAGAUAGUCUACAAUCUGCUCUACUUGAACUCUCCAGUAACUUGACAGGAGACUUCCAAGUUCCCACUCCUCCUCCCAAAGCUAAGCUGAAAAUUCCUGCAGGAUUGUGUAUGAGCCUUAACUGCCGUAAGCAUUUUGCCCUUCUGUGAAGAUACCUGUCUUUGAUGCACUAAAAAUUGGGAUGUAGCACACGAAGAUGAUCUCCUGCCGAGGCCACAUCACACAACUGAUAUGCAGGAAAUCUUCUCAGUGUGCCCCCAAGUUGAGCCUUUUGUUUAUUUGCUCUUCCCUCCUCUUUGCUGGGCUAAGAAACAGGACACUAAAGUGAUCUCAGCACUCUGCCUAUUUUCUGUGAUCCACUCAGUAGAUGAGGAGAGAAGACACUAUUGAGCAGUGAUGGGGUGGAUGACAUUUGAUGGGGCUAAAAGUAAAAAAAAACCCUCACAAGACACUUAGGACCCUUUCAGGAAAGGCAUGUGUGGUUUUUCUCCCCUGUUCUCUUCCCCUGCAACAUUACCACUGCCACCCGCUUCCCCCUCCAGAGUGUACUGUAGACUGACUGUCAAGCUCUAACACUGGAUUUGAACCAUUUCUCCCUCUAAGGAGAGCUGCUGGCUUCCUAUCCACCUGGCUUAAUCUCCUUUGAUGACUUAGUCCUGCAGCAGAAAGCUGCUGAGGUGGGAUUAUGUAUCCUUCUAAAGUGUAGUAUAUUGGAGGGAGAGAGGAAACCUCACUAGCACCUGCAAUGUGUGAUAUCCCGUCACCACUUUAUCCUGCUAAUUGCUUUUUGAAAAGAGAGUCUGCAUACACAAGGAGGAAAAGGAGAGGGACCAACCUCUGUUUCCUAAAGGAAUACAUACUGUGCUUCAGAAGCAUUUCCAGUGCUGGCGACAAUGAAACUCAUGGCCUCUUUUUUGGUCUUGUUGUCUCAAGAGUUAGACGUUCAGCUUCAAUUUUAUUUUUAAAACCUGCACUAAUUUACCUGGUUUCUUAGGAAGAAAAAGAGAUUUUUUUUAACUUUUAUUUUUAUGGGUUUGUGUUAAUUUUUUUUGUUUGUUUAUAUUGAAUAAUUUGCUACAUUUGUAAAAUGUAAGAGGUAUAUAUAAUAUAUGUAUAUUUCUAACGUAAAAAAGAAUUGAAAACUUUCUUUUCAAGAUUUUUUCUUAGAGGUGAGAGAGAGAAAAAAAUAUUUUUUCAGGAAAAUUUUAAAAAAGCAGCAGUGAAAGCUCCUUUCUCCCCUCGACUCCCUCCUUCCUGACCCUUUUUGAAGAGUGAAUCAACAACAUGUGAUCCUAGAAGAUGGAUGGACGCAAAAAAGACAGAAUUAUGUAUGUUUUUUAAUGCAGAGGUCCAUGCUGUUCUUGGUUUUUUGUUUUGGUUAAUUUUUUGUUUUGUUCUGUUUUGUUUUUACAGGCAGGGGGCCAUUGAGUAGGGAUCCAGAGGGGGUUUCUUUUCUUUCCUUUUCCCUUUUUUCUCUAGCGAAGGAGGAAUACAAUCAGAGUUUUGUAUUCAGAAUGUUGUGCAAUAUUUUGGAACAGGACAUUGGCGUGUCUAGAGAUUUAGUUAAAAACAACAAAGGUUGAUCAAAUCUGUACAGUUUCUAUUGUUCCAGAUUUUUUUAAGUUUGUAUUAAAAGCAUGAUAUAUAAUA